AUGGAACCCAGCAACUCCCCCCCAGCCGCGGCCGAGGUAGCGCAAGGCAGCGCCGGCGACGUCGACGGCAGGAAGAAGGGCAAGGCGCCCAAGGGCGGCCCGGAGAACGGCAAGUUCCGCUACCGCGGCGUGCGCCAGCGGAGCUGGGGCAAGUGGGUGGCGGAGAUCCGGGAGCCCCGGAAGCGCUCCCGCAAGUGGCUCGGCACCUUCGCCACCGCCGAGGACGCCGCGCGCGCCUACGACCGCGCCGCGCUCCUCCUCUACGGCCCGCGCGCGCACCUCAACCUCACCUCCCCGCCGCCGCCGUCGCUCGCCGCGCCGCGCUCCCACCCGCACUCCUCGGCCUCCGCCUCCGCGCCGCCCGCGCUCCGGCCGCUCCUGCCGCGCCCGGCGCCGCACCAGCACUCCGGCGCCGGUGCCCCUGCGGCCCCGGCCUUCCACCACCACCAGUUCCAGUAUCACCUGCUGCCGCCGCCGCUGCAGCAGCCGACUCCUCCGCUGUACUACGCCAGCAUGGCCACUGCGUCCACGGUCACAACCACGGUGCCGCCACGGGUGGAACCGCAGGAGCCGGCGGUCGCGCCCGCGGUGGGCUCCUCUACGUCACCACUGGAGCCGCCGCAGGUGGGCACACCGGAGGAGGCGGGCUGGGAGUACAACGGCGGCGAGGAGGAGGACUACGCGGCGGCGCUGCUCUGGGACGAGCCCGAGCCCUUCUUCUGGUUUGAUGUCUUCCUCAAGUGAUGAACAGCACUUGAAUUGAAGGCUUCAGAGAGGGGCGGCCAUGGCGGCUGCUCAUGCCCAUGCAUGCAUGUGUUUGGGAGCAAGCAAGCAAGGUAGAUAUAUAGGCUUACUAGCUAGGGUUUCUGAUUCCUUUGCACCAAAUUAUCUUUAGCUUUUUCUCUCUCAUUCUUCUUUUUUUCCCCUGUGGGGGUUUGGUUGCGGUAUAGUAAUGUGAGGUGGUAUUGCUGGGAGGGAUUAUUUAGGGUUCCCUGCUGCUGAUUUAAGAUUCCAUUUGAAUCAUGCCUGUUCCUUGCAUGGAUCCAUCAUGCAUUGGAUGCAAACUAUAUAUUCGUGUGGUGGCAUAUAUAAAUAUCAGAGAUGCAACAUUUU